AUGAGUCGUCCCGAAUAUCUUGGGAACCUCAAACACCUCCCACCAACCGUGGAUACAAAAAGUUACUUUCUCGAGACAGCGGUUGCGGAAUGGGAUCUGGCGGGGUUUCUCCUCUCGGGUCAGAACAAGGAUAUAUUUCUGAGAGGACUUCAAGGACUGGUUGAUAUCAAAGCUAUCAGCAGAGAUGUGCGGUCGUUCGCUAAAGCGCUAAGAGUGUUUUACUCUGUGGAACAAAACGUCAUUAUCGCCAUGAACCGUGCCCAGGAGUUACUAAACCGACGUGCACUGAAAGGCUUCGAGCAUCGUGUUGUCCAGAAUGAACUCCAGACUAGCCUCAUCAAUGUUUUGAACAACCUGCCUGAUCCGCUUGCAGAGAAUGGUGUCGCGUCGAGCUCAUCUACACGGACCUCGUCGUCAGGGCUGACCAGAAAGCGAUCCGCUGCUCGAACGCCACAGCCCUCAAACAAGAAGAGGAAUGACGUCGAAGGAGGUUUGGACAGCGAUGAGACUGCUGUGGAGGGACUGAAAGCUACCAAGGGUAUGGGGGACAAGGCAGUCGCGGGCAACAAUCACGAUGACGAAGAUGAAGAGGAUGGCGGGGGCGAAGAGACCGUCGAAGGCUUGAUUCAUGAGUCUCAAGAAUUAGAGAAGUCCGAACUAGCAGCACAAAAAGGAGAAGUACUGGAGAAAGUUUCAUCUGGACACAGCUUAACACUGGAGGACUUGUCCCCUUGCCGCAGGUCAGCCUCGAUAGGUGGCGACGACGAUUACCCUCAAGGCAUCACGCCACCUAUCUAUUCUCCUCGGGACUUGCUUGGAUCGGAUCUCCCGUCCAGUGAUCCUGCAGAUAUGAGCUUUGUGGAUCAAGGGGAUAUCAAUUUGUCAACGUCCAGAUGGCUUACCUGGAACUUUUUAGAGGGUCCUGGAAGGGUGGACUCGGACGUGGAAAGCCAUUGGGUGUAUAAUGGGAUUGAGGUCGGUUAUGACCUAAUGGCAUGCAGGAACCGGAUUGUCGGAAACAACGGCGGCCUUACUGAGCCAUAUGAGAAGUUGGCCGUCAAUUUUGUCUUCCUCGUCGGAGCAGAAUAUCAAACUGGCGGUUUGCAAGGAGAGAUCGAGGACCAGACCUGGGAUUCCCUUUGUGAUGCUGUUAGGGACCCUGUGCUGCCACUCUCGGAUGAGGCUGCCAUCGAGGCUCUUCGAUGGGCGCAUCGACUGGCACAUAACAAAUCUGAAGGGUUCGCGCAGCUGUUGGAUGACUCCCCGCCGCAGAACCUUACUCUCAAGUCUAUCUUGACAAAGAUGUCAGACACUACACAACUCUGGAACACCCAAAGGCGCAAUGAAGAUACAUACUUGAAAUGUCAGCUGGGACCCUUCCUCGACACGUACUUUGGCAAGCUGCGACAUACAAAGAGUGACUGGACUCCGACACAAGACGACACCAAAGGUUCCGAGUCAAAUCUGCUAAUCCCUGACUAUUCAACCACGACACAGGUUGGAAAGCAGCAAGUCUCCAUCGUGUUGUUGGAGGGCAAAAUCGCCAAGAACUCAGGGCUUUCUCAGAUUUGGGAUGAUCUAACCAAACUGGGACAGGAAAUGAAGGCGGCGUUGGACUCAAUUCUGAAGUUGCAGCCUGAAGAUGACGUUUGCGUCAUUGGUAUACUCGUCCGUGAACCGCUGGCGGAGUUUUAUACAAUGCGAAUCCAUGCCGAGGCUACGUAUGUCAUGCAUAGGUUUGCGGCCACAUACAUUGCCUCUGAGGCGAUCAACGUGUUCCCACUUGUCCACCUGAUGGAGGUCUUCGAGCAUGCCAAGGUGAAGGUUGAACAGACUGUCGAUCAGAUCCGUCGGGUGAAGGUCCAUGCAAGCCCAAACCCCAAAGUGCCGCUGUCGUGGCUCCGACCCUCAUUCAAGAAGCCAAAGCUUUAUCGGAUUGUCGAUGGACAGUGA